CACGUUCUCCCGGAAUUAUGUUGUGGUCGGUUCCUAGAGCCAUCAGUUCUCUUUAGUGUUUGCCAAUGUUGGAGGUGUAACUGGGGUCUGGCCCUGGACAAGGUUUAGAGCAUGGCUCAAGUGAAAGUGCCGACCUCAGCGCCCCUGCCUGGCCCUGGUCUCUCCCCCCUGCCUGGCCCUGGUCUCUCCCCCCUGCCUGGCCCUGGUCUCUCCCCGCUGCCUGGCCCUGGUCUCUCCCCCCUGCCUGCGCCGGGGGUCAUGCCCAGUCCAGGACCUCUGGGUCUGCAGCCCUCCCUCAACAGCAACGGACCCACCCCCGUCUGCCCUGCUCCCUCAGCCGGGUACGGGCCCGACGCCCCCGUGUCUGCUAACCCGUCGGACCCACCCCAGGAGAACAUGGCAAACCCUAAAGAGAAAACUCCCAUGUGUCUGGUGAAUGAGUUAGCCCGUUUCAACAGGAUCCAACCACAGUACAAGCUUCUAAAUGAGAGGGGACCGGCACAUGCUAAGAUCUUCACAGUGCAGCUGUGUCUGGGGGAGCAGACAUGGGAGGCGGAGGGCACCAGCAUCAAGAAGGCCCAGCACUCCACCGCCUCCCUGGCCCUGUCCGAGAGCCUCCUGCCCAGGCCUGCUCCUCGCUCGCCUAAAGUGGACAUCAACAGCAACCCAGAAUCGUCUGAUGCUGAAAUGAUUGGUUGCUUCGCUGAUGUUCCUAUACAAAGCAGCAUCACCCCGACAGUGGAGCUGAAUGGGCUUGCUAUGAAGAGAGGAGAGCCAGCAGUCUACCGGCCUCUGGAUCCUAAGCCUAUGCCCAACUACAGAGCCAACUAUAACUUCAGGGGCAUGUUCAACCAAAGGUAUCAUUACCCAGUUCCUAAGAUAUUCUAUGUGCAGCUGUCAGUGGGCACCAAUGAGUUUAUUGGAGAGGGCCGGACUCGGCAGGCAGCCAGACACAACGCCGCCAUGAAGGCCUUGCAAGCCCUCCGCAACGAACCCAUACCUGAACGACCACUGCAGAGCACAGAAGAGCAGAAGGAGGUGGAUGAAGGAUGUGACGCCUCGAAGUCAGAGAUCAGUCUGGUCUACGAGAUCGCCCUCAAGAGGAACCUGUCUGUCUGCUUUGAGGUGCUGAAGGAGAGUGGCCCUCCUCACAUGAAGAGUUUUGUGACGCGCGUGUCGGUGGGAGAGUUCUCCGCGGAGGGGGAGGGCAACAGUAAGAAGCUCUCUAAGAAGAGGGCCGCUCUCUCCAUCCUGCAGGACCUGAAGAAACUCCCCUUCAUCCCUGCGGUGGAGAAACCCAAACUACAUUACAAGAAACGGCCCAAGACCAUCCUGAAGACGGGUCCAGACUAUGGCCAGGGAAUGAACCCCAUCAGUAGACUGGCUCAGAUCCAACAGGCCAAGAAGGAGAAAGAACCAGAGUAUAUGUUGCUGUCGGAGAGAGGGAUGCCUCGACGACGGGAGUUCAUCAUGCAGUCUGUGCAGGUGAAGGUGUGCGGGGAGGUUGCCACGGGAACGGGACCCAACAAGAAGGUGGCGAAACGGAACGCGGCCGAGGCCAUGUUGCUCCAGCUGGGCUACAAGGCAUCCACCUGUCCACAGAGCCCUACAGAGAUGGACAACAAAGGCUGGAAUGGACAAAAGGCAUCUUUUAAUGAAGCGACUAGCAACACCCAGAAAGGUCUGCUCCACCUCUCCCCAGACGUGUAUCAGGAGAUGGAAGCUAGCAGGAAACAGGGGACCCCUCUUAACUACCUGACCCCCAAAUUAUCUGAUCCUCUGACCGUCCCCCUGCCACCCGGACACACCCCUUAUUACAGCCCCCCGGGCCCCGCCCCCAGCACGGCGGUGGCCAUGGCAACCAUGGCCAGGGAGCUGUUGAUGAACGGGUCAGGAGAGGGUCGGACGGCGGACAACAUGGGCGUGAAGGGGAAGGCCUCAGUCCAGCCCUCCCAACAACUGGAGUACCUGGCCCGCAUACAAGGCUUCCAGGUGCAGUACAGCGAUGGCCAGAACGGUAAGGACUUCAUGACCUACCUGACCCUCACGCCUGUUCAGAUGUCUUUCCACGGCAUCGGGAGCUCCAUCCAAGCUAGCCACGACCAAGCUGCUCUUAGUGCCUUGAAACAGCUGUCAGAGCAAGGCUUGGACACAGUGGAUGGCCCCAUCAAGAGCAGCGAGAUGUGUGGAAGAGAGGACGGACACUAAACCGACUAACUCAGGCACCACCCACCUGUCAGGUUGGCAUGGAUACAACAGGCCGUCGUCAAGAUGACCCUUGGCCCCUCCAUCACCCAUCCCCCACGACCCCUACCCACAAUCCCCCACGACUGCCGCUGCAUUCUGGCAACAACCUGGCAAUCGACAUGCAAUAGGGUGUGUGGAUGUGUACCAAGAGAUGAAGAGGAAACUUGACCGACUAACUAGAAAUACAGAAGAAAAUAAAUCAUGAGCUAUAUAAGUCUCUAUGUGAAGACAACACUAUCCUAACACAUUACAUUUAUUGAUAAUUUACGAGGAAGUAAAUAAGGAAAACAAUUAUGAAAAAUAAAUGUGUGAAGACCUAGAAACAAUAUCAAAAUCAACCCGGCGAAUGAUAAAGGUAAAAUGCAUGGUACUGUUUCCAAUCAGUUAUCCAAAGUGAGUGAUUAGAAACACGUAGACACUUCCCAUUGGAUUGUGUGUUUUUAUGGUAUGGUUAAAACCCAGUAUGUACAUCAUGCCAUGUCAAACAGGAAACAUUAUAGUGGGGAAACAAACUUGUCUGGCUUAUUAUUUUUUGGAGGGAGGGGGGUUAUGUUCCUGUUUUAUUUUUAUUCUUCUAACAAUGCUUGAGUACUGUAUUUAAUACAUAACCAAUGGCAGUGCUGUGAUAAUGUAGUAGUUGUCUUCUCAUACAGUAGUCAUCCAGCUUACCUUCUAUGCUGACAUUCAUUAAAAACAGAGUUCAUCUAC